AUGAAGGUCCUUACCCGAGUGCCGUUGACGAAACAUCCGAAUGUCGAAGAAAAGCAAGACUAUGCCGACUACAGCCAAACAAGACUAAUCACUCUGCUUCAAAUACCUCAUUACGAACAUUUACAAAUUCUUAUCUGCAAUGGUAAUUCGUUGACCACAUUGGCCGGUAUUGAAAAUUUGAAACAUUUGUGGAAACUGGAUGUUGGAAAUAACCAAAUUCGAAGUCUUCAACAUUUAACACGCUUUAUCGCAUUUGGCUCAUUAAUUCUUUCGAAUAAUCAUUUAACAUGGUUCGAAUUUCAACAUAUUCGUCAUAUGUUCAUUCUCGAUCUCCGCACCGAUGGAAAUCCUAUUCUUGAUUCCGAUCCGAAUUAUCGUCAACAUGUGUUAGAUUGCUUACCUCGAGUAUGGAUGUGUGAUGGGGUCUUCGUCUCAACUAACGAACGUAAUCAAGUCGACGAAUUCUUCACACAAUCAUCAUUGACCCAAAAACCUGUGCGACAUAAAUUAGCUCGUGAUAUGUUCAUGCCAACGAAUUUAAAAGAUCGUUCAGUGAAUGGUUUAUUUGGAAGCAAAACAACAGAAUUACUGGCGAAGUUUCCAUCGAAUGCAUUCAUCAAUGCAGAACUUGAUCGCAAGAGAAUCAAGCACUUAGCUUCAACGAUCCAAGAUUUAUUUCUUAUAGAAAUGAAAUAUGAUGUCACGAAAAAAUACAACGAAUUUCUAACUGAGAAUCGUCAUAAUUUCUAUCAUUUGACCGAUCUUCGACAAGCACACAUCGAAGAAUUCAACAUGCUACUAAUUAUACUUUUAACUGAUCUUCUAUUUAAAAUUCCUGGUGAUCUAUUGGACAAUAUUAUGGAAGUAACACGCAUUAAAACGAUCGAAACUUUAAAUGUUUCUCAGAUAUUUUCUGCUAGCAGUCAACUAAAAUGUUUGAUUGCAUCACUCGUUCAUGCCGGUGCUCGACUCGAUCGCGAUGAAAAUCAUCCUUCAGCAUUCUAUGACAAACUUUUCAGCAGUCUUUCAAUUGUCGUCACGAAUCAAAUGCGACAAUUAUCACCCUCGAUUACAAAUCAAACUUAUCAAAAUAGCGGAUUAGUUUCCGAAGCAAAGGCAAUGGUUUGCCUGGAAGUCAUGCAAGUUUUCAUCAUGUGCCCAGUUUUUUAUACACUCGUCGAUCAUCCAAAUGUGAAUGCUAUCUUACAGCAAGCAUUAGGUCGAUCACCUGCUUAUGGAAGUAUUCGGGAUGUUUUACAAAGUUUUGUUGCUGAUCAAAAAACUGCUGAAGAACAAAAGGAUUUGCUCAGCCCGAUACUUGGUAAUAUUUUGAAGAUGACUAUUCGAACAUUGUCUACGAAGCGAAUGAAAAAAUCGAAGGCACCGUCGCUUGUUGCUAAUGAACCAUUACGAGUGGAAAGUACAAACUCAAAUCAACACUCGCAAGAACAUAGUGCGCCUUCAUCACGAUCAUCACAACGUCCAAACACGCAUCGUGUACCGAACAUUGGUGAUCGUGUUCUUACAGCUCCUCAACGUAUUGGUCGCAUUGUAACAAUACCAGAUACCGAAAUUGCUAUGGUACAAUUCGAUCACAUUCUGUCUGCAUAUGGAGCGAUGGUAAGCAAUGGUUCGCUAUCCGACCAUACAAACUAUAUUCAUCUGAGUGACUUUGAAUGGGACAUUGUACAUGAAUAUUGGAAACCUAAGUGUGCAUCGGGUGAUAAAAUAACUCUACAAAUGACAACAAUACGAAAUGAAACAACCCGAUUGCCAACCCCUCCACAACCGUUGCUACAGCCCUCGCCACGAACAUCACCACCACCACCGCGAAAUAUGACGCGAUCAAAAACGCCUGAAUCAGUAGAACGAGAGUGUCUUACACCGAAAAUUUUUGAUAUGGAUCUUCACGAGCCAAUCGAACCUGCCCUUGAUGUUUCUCGUGAAGUCACUCCACAACCUUCACCUGUUCCAGCUAUUGAAAAUCCUACGGAUAAUCACGAAGAAACAGUUUUCAGUCCUCACGAAGUAUCCAAGUCACCAUCACCGAUUCCUCCUACUCCCGAACCUAGAGUAGUCACUCCAGACGAACCUUCCAAUGAGCGUCCGUUAUAUGUUCGUAUAACAAAGCAGAAACAAGAACAGCAGCCUAAGUUGUUCUCGAAUCGUGAAAUAAUAAUUCCGUCACCGGUGCUUAUUGAAUCGACAGUUGUCUUUAUACCUGAGCGAAUUCAGACACCUUCGGUAACAACUGAAUAUAUACAACAGCCAACUACUAGCUCUAAAGCACAUAUCAACGAAUCGAGAUCAUCGCGUAUCAGUUCAACGUUUGAACGUUCACCUAUUCUUCGCUCUGCAACAACAGCUUGUCCUCGAUCGACGACACAUCGCGUUCAUGUACCAGUACACAAUGCAUCACAAUGGUUCAGUGGACCAGACAUGAAAAAUGAACGAACAGGUCGAAUGGAACGAGUUGUCGCUGCACUUGUACAUCGAUCAUAUCGACCGCCUGCUACAUAUGGUAUGCGACGCGUACCAACAUUAACAUCUCCGUCCUCGAAAGAUCAUGUCCAUUCGAAAGGAAUUCGUCCGGGAACAUCUUAUGAUUUUCACAUCGACACUCAUCGAAUGACACCAGCUCCAUUGAUUGCUCCUCGUCCAUCACAAUCAUCUAAAAACUACCGUACUGCAUCGAUGCAUUCUAAUGGUGUCAAUCAUUCGACACCUACGAAUUCAAAUAUCAAUCGUGUUAGAUCAUUGCUCAAUCCACCGUGCCCAUCACCUGCUUGGAUGUGA